AUGGCUCCCGCAGCAGCUGGUGCGAAGAAGCAGAAGAAGAAGUGGUCCAAGGGGAAGGUCAAGGACAAGGCCCAACACGCCGUCAUCCUCGACAAGGCCACUUCCGACAAGCUCUACAAGGACGUCCAGUCGUACCGCCUCGUCACCAUUGCCACCCUCGUCGACAGGCUUAAGAUCAAUGGCUCCCUCGCUCGGAGGUGCCUGAAGGACCUGGAGGAGAAGGGGCAAAUCAAGCAGGUCGUGGGUCACAGCAAGAUGAAGAUCUACACUCGCGCUGUCGGUGCGGCCGAGUAA